AUGCCGCCGUGUGCUCUACGUCAGAGGGGUAUGGCCUUUAUCCCGCGUCGGGAUAAAAACCGGGAGAGGGAUGUCCUGGCUCCAAGGCCCGUGCAUCCUCGCCCCCUGCGCUUUCAUGGAUUCUUCGGCAUGUCCUAUGUCCACCAGCAUGUGAUGGUGGAUGACCGAUGGACCCCCAACUCGCUGACCGAGCAGUUCAAGGGAAUGUCCGACUUGUUGACUCGCAGGUUGGUGUUCAAGAAUCAUGAGUCGAAAGCCAAUCGUCAGAGGUAUUUCCGCGAGAACAAACGAUUGAAGCUACAGUGUCGCGAUGGACGCACCAAAUUGCAGAAUGUCCUGGUCAAUGACAACACCCAUAAGAUCCGCAACUUCCUUAUUAAUCACAAGGACAUGCAACGACUGUACCAGAAGAUGCCCAUUCACCUGGUGGUGGACAACAUCAAUCAGCGAACCUUUGUGAUGCGAAAGGAGCGGGAUCGCCUGGAGUUUCGCUUAGAACAGCUGAAACAGCAAUACAAGGAGCAAUUGUUACGACGUGCCCUGCUGGAGAAUCGCAUCAAGUAUCAGAACGAGUUUAUUCUUGACGAGGAGCUCAAAUCUCGGGUCUUCCUAAAGAAGAUUGAGAACUCGAAUGUGCGUUUGAAGGCCAUAAAGACCAUCAACAAUACGUACAAGAAGAUGAUACAGGUGCUUGUCCAUGACGAGAUAUUCUACGAACCCAUCUUGCGCUCCCUCAGCAGCGACAUGGACGAUCAGACUAACUUCAUCAAGCACAUCCUGUACCUGGGCAUGCCGGCCAUAGCCAAGUUCAAGGAGCUGAACGAUGAGUUCCGAAGUCUGGAGGAGAAGUCCCGCAAGAAUCUGCAGAUGAAGCUGCAAAUGUUAGCCACACUCAAGAAGCCGGGCGCCGUAUCCACUGCGAACUAUACCAAGGCCAAGGAGGCGCCACCAACCACGAAUUUGAAACGAUAUGUCCGGGAGACCCAGAGCAUGAUGAUACUUAAACUGGAGCUGAAGGCCGUGGAGAAGACCAUAAAGGAGGUCAAGUUUGUGACUCUCUGCUCCCAGGCAAAGGAAAUUUAUCCUCGCAUGAAGAGCCAGGUGGACAAUAACGACAAGCUGCAUCGCAUGAUUGUCAAUGACAUGUUGGCCCACGAGAUGCUGGAAACCAAAAUGAAGUGUGCCAGCGUUCUAAAGGGAGUUUUGGUUAACAAUCUCUCGGAGGAAGAGAUCAAUCGCCAGGAGCGCAUCAAGGACUUGAAGAAAAUGCUGCAAAAAGAUAUGCAAUUCGAGCAGGAUACCUUGCAACAUCUCAAGAAUCGUGCCGACUCUUAUGUCAUGUUAAGACUUUCCAUUUGGAAUCUCCUGGAGAUCCUGCGCCAUGUGGAUCGCCAGCCCAAGAUGCUACGUGCCCUGUAUCCAAACUCAUACCUAAAACUGCCUUUGCUCAAAUUCGAAAUGCUAAACAUGAGAGCCGCUGCUCCGGAGAUUUUCGAGGAAAAUAUUGACAACAUAAUGCACAUGGUGAAGCGCAAGAUCUACAAGGUGAUGAAGGCCUACACCAUCGAGCUGAAGCCGGCGACCAUCAAGCGAAAUGUUGAGGAAUAUCAUACAGAUUUCUUGGCCACCUUGGGUAUGCACGAGACGGUGGAUACGGACGAGCAACCGCAGACGGCGCCGGAAGAUGAUAUCCUGCAGGAGAACAAGACCAUGGCCAAUGUGCCCAAUCGCAAACAGAUCAAGGCCCAAAGUGCCAAACUCUUGGAGGAGCUGGCCAAACGUGAUGAAUAGUUUAAGGAUUUAUAAAUAUUUCUUUUGCCUCUUGUUGAUGUUAGAAAGUUGUGCUGUAAAUUUUAAGUACUCCAAUUGAGCAAAAUUCUACAAGUUAACCAAAAAAGCAAACUCAAAAGCUCAAAAAAAAAAAAACUUGAAUAAAUCGUGAGUUUUGCAUUGACCAAA